CGCUUUCCCCCUGUACUCCUGCCGCCAUGUUCUUCUGAGGCAGGAUGACAGACGGGCAGAACAGAGUCAGGGACAAAGUCUGUGACUAAAACCGACGGUUUAACUCUGCUUUUCGUAUGACCGAGGGAUUUUAAAGCCGGUGGAGGGUUUCCGUUUUUUUAUUUGAAACAUUAGAGUCGUUCCGAUUUACAGCGAGAUCGGUGCGUCCGAAUGUAUAUUUGGUUUUCCAAUGGCGUAGGGACCUUUUAUAAAGGCAGAUCUUUUUACAUAUUUGGGGUCGGUGGGGGCCCUCCGGUCGAAUCUAUAACCACAUCUAGUCCGUUAACGGAAAAAAAAUACAUUGAAUAAAUGUGAAAUAGAAGAACACAUUUCAACAUUCGUUACUGUCUCUGAACGGAGAGCUUGCGAUACCAACGGGAUUUAAUAGGUGUUUUGGACGUUUAACUGAUUAUCGAAGACUCAUAAUUUGCAGUCUACGAGGUUUUAAAGACGAAGACGAAAGGGGAAACAUUGUUUCCUUCCGUGAAGGCCGACUGUGAACGGAUUCCAAGAUGACAGGCUCAACCCCCGCGGACAUGAUUAACCUGCGUCUCAUCCUGGUCAGCGGGAAGACGAAAGAGUUCCUGUUCUCCCCCAACGACUCAGCCGCAGACAUCGCCAAACACGUCUACGACAACUGGCCAAUGGACUGGGAGGAGGAGCAGGUCAGCAGUCCUAACAUCCUGAGGCUCAUCUACCAGGGCCGCUUUCUACAUGGAAACGUCACGCUAGGAGCUCUCAAAUUGCCCUUGGGAAAAUCCACAGUGAUGCAUUUAGUUGCCAGAGAGACGUUGCCUGAGCCAAACUCCCAAGGUCAGAGAAACAGAGAGAAGACUGGACAGAGUAACUGCUGUGUCAUCCUGUAAAUACCUCCCUCCCUCCCUCCUUAACCAUCCCCCCAUCCAUCUGCCCCCGUCACGCCAUCCAUCCGCCCCUAUCACGCCAUCCAUCCGCCCCUAUCACGCCAUCCAUCUGCCCCCGUCACGCCAUCCAUCUGCCCCUAUCACGCCAUCCAUCUGCCCUGUCACGCCAAUCCAUCCGCCCCCGUCACGCCAUCCAUCCUCCCCUAUCACGCCAUCCAUCUGCCCCGUCACGCCAUCCAUCUGCCCCCGUCACGCCAUCCUGGAUCCAACCAACACACUGGCAGUCCUGUCCUGCAGUCUCUCUAUCAUGCUGACACACACACACACACACACACACACACACGCACACACACACCGCCCACCCAUUUAUGCUGUUUAUCUCCCAUAGUGCAGCAAAGCAUUGACGUGCCUGAUAAGAACACACACACACACACACACACACACACACACACACACACACACACACACACACACACACACACACACA